CCAGGUUUGCUGAACAUUGGGGAGUCUGCUACCCAGCCCUGGUUGGCUGAUACCUGGCCCAACUCCUGCUCCAAUCACAACGACUGUAGCAUGAACUGCUGCACCGCAGGACAGGGCAACAGUGACAGCAACCUGGCUACAUACAGCCGCCCAGGUGAGUACGCUACGCACUGGAACAACACACCCAAACAUAAACUGUACUAAAACAGUUAUCAAAAUAACUCUCAACAGAGGCGUCAUGCCCAUAGGGGGCACAGGGGCACAUGCCCCCUCAGAUUUGUCCUGUUAAAAAAAAUAUAUAUAUAUAUAUUUUUUGUUGUUGUUUGUUUUAGAUUUUUCUCUGUAAUACUACUAGCCACUUAGCAAUUUUAUGAAGUUGGCUUUAGCUAGCCCAGAUAGGUUCCCAAUCUCAUAACCUGCUACCAAGAUGAAUCAGGUUGGUAGACUUCAGAAAAGCACGCAAUUACUAAAUGUACUGAAUAAGACACAUUCCUUUCAAGAUUUUAGCAGAGAUGCAGAGAUGCUUCUUUUUUAAAUUUUUUGUUUAAAGAACCACCAGUCAGGAGGAUACAGACAGCUCAAGAGGUAUGCUUAGAUAUGCAGAAAAACAUAAAUACUUUUUUACAUAGAAUUAAGCAUAAAGGUUGCAGGAAAAAGCUGUUACAGGUGUUUGAAAAAUGCUAAAUUCUAGCCCCCCUCCGGACCACCACCCAGCCAUUCUCACUUACUUUGUGCCCCCACAGAUUUCUGGGGUACAUGACACCCCUGCUCUCAAAGCAAAGCAUAGAUAAGAAUCAUAAAAACGAGUUGGUAGAAAACAGAGAGAAGUGAAAUCCCAUAUCUGGGUUAGCUCCCUCGAGACUUUCUCUCUCUUACCUCUCUCCUCGCGAGGUCUCUAUAAGAAAACCCUUAAGGGAUGUGAGGCUUAGGGGUAGGAGUAGCGUGUGUGUUUGAUUUAUUUCAGGUUAAAGCGGGGCUGUUUUAGGCAUGAAAUAAAAGGAACGCGCUGGACGGGCCUUAUGGGUUUACUCUGCUGCAAAUCGAAUUGCUCUGCUGAUUUCCAUACUGUUGUUAUAGCCCGUAAUGUCAUUCCCACUAAGUGCUCAGUUAUUUAAGAAAUGUAGAGGUCAGGGCAGGACUGCAGACUGCAGCCAACACCAGAUGGAGAGAUGGAGAGAGAGAGGUACCUGGAAGAGUGCAUAGAAAGAAAGGGAACAGAGGAGGAAAAAGAACGAUGGGGGAGAAUAAGUAGCAUACACAGAGAUACAUGGAGAGAGAAAGUAGGGGGGAAGUAACACGUGAGUAGAGGGGAAGUAAACUGGACGGAGAAAGAGCAAGGGAGUUGGAAGGAAAGUAAAAAGAGCAGAAGAGAUGGACAGUAACAGAGGGAGGGAGGGAUUGAGGGUGGGUUAUGGUACACCUCCAGGUGGCCUCUCGGUCAGCAGUACUUUCUAUAAACAAUAGGGAGGGAGUUUGGCUCUGAAGUCCGAGGGACACACACACACACACACACACACACACAAAAGAGCUAAGUACUCAUACUCUACAGAGAAAGAGGGUCAACAGCUGGCAGAGAGGAGAGAAGUAUGGCUCUUGGUGCAGGGUGGGGACAAAGGAUUUGAGGUUAUACACACAUAUGUAGGACAUAACUACAAAACUUGGACCCCAGCCCUGAACCUCCCUUUGAGAGACAGUAGGCUUAGAAGUUGAACUAAAGGAAAAGAGAUGUGGGUAUAUAGUGCAGUCGUUUGAACAGUCAUUUGGACACACGGCAGGCCUUUCUCCAGCUGUAGUGUCUGACAGAUUGUACAGUAGUGUAGCGUUGCCUACCCACUCAUUGACUCAUUUACAUUGUUGGCUUCAACCAUCUCCCCAAACAGGCUUACACACACUCCUAUUGUAGCAGAUGUACUGUUGUACUAAGUGCUGUGCUGCCACUAGGUUAAGCAUCUUACUCAAGGACAAAGAAACACUGUAACCAUCAAAUACAUACCCAGCUUCUAAAGUUACCCAUCACAGUCAACACAAUAACCUAAUCCGACUUUUCAUUCCGUGGUGUGUUUAACGUUCCCCUAACAUUGGUUCUGGUGACAAUCUGUGAGUUUAAUUGAGAAGGGAUAAAAUGCCAAAAGCAGUUGUCCCUCAGCGCAUGUGUAAGACGUUAAGGAGUAUGCAUCGUGCUGGUUGCUUUGUGUGGCCAACCUAAACCCUGUGACGGUUUAACAGGAUCAGCGGCUAGGUGACAGAGCCGAGGGAUACGAGUUAAUGUCCCUUUAUCUAACACAUUAGAGGCCCUUUCUCCACAUCUACCUCUGAAGUGCCUCAGAUAUCACUCGGUUUUUGGAAAUGUGAGGCUCACGUGCGCUCGGUUGUUCUACCUAUAGCCGUCCUUGGUAUUUACCGCAAGGCUUGGUCUCAGAUCUGCUGGAGGAUUUGAAUAUUUUAUGAGCCAGAGAAAAUUGGAUCUGUCAGUGGAGCUCUGCUCUUUGCUGCACGCUUCAUUACAACCUUUUGAUACAGACGUGUUCCACUGUCCUUCUCAAUGAGCAAAGCCUCCUCGCCUGGCGUCUGAUGGGGAGAAUAGACAGGACACCCACCUUGAGCUGUGGAUGAGACCGAGACAUUAUUGAGACAGAAAGACAGAGAGAGCAGACAGUGGAAGUAUAAUACAGCUCCAGUCAAUCACCUGAACCAGAUAGGGAUAGUUGACGUACAGAAUGAACUGUAGUUUGCACUGAAAGAUAUAUAUGUCUAGACUGAGGGCACAGUGAUCUGUUGAAAGGUAUAAAUGACUCAGGCUGAUUUAGUUCUGUGUCAUUCUGUAAUGUUAAUCUUUUCAUCUUAUUAUAUGAUGCCAGUGAAUACAACUGAAUACAACUGCCAUUCGUGCCAUUCAUGCACUUGGCAAACCUCUUCUUCUGAACCUAGUUAUAGAAGCUAGUCCGGUUUUUGACUAAAACCCUGCACCCUGCACCCGCUCCCCAUGUUAUCCAGCCGACUGCAUCGCCAACUAUAACAACCAGAUGGAGAGCAAGCAGACCAACCUGAUGGUGCCGGAGGGAGGAGUGUAUGUAGACGUGGACCUCUCCAACAAGAUCAACGAGAUGAAGACCUUCAACAGCCCCAACCUAAAGGACGGACGCUUCGUUGGGCCGGGGGGACAGCCCACCCCCUACGCCACCACACAGCUCAUCCAGUCGUCUAUCCUGGGAAACAACAUCAACACAGACAGAGACAGAGGUAGUGGAGGGGGAGGGGAGGGGAGAUAA